AUGCGGGAAGAAGUAUUACUUCGCAAGCUGCUUGCUGAUGGUGAAGGGACAGGUGAAGAACGUCGGUUCCAGCUUCUGAACAGUUGUCUUCGAUUACUUCGGAAUCCCAAUACCGUGAGCAAAGCAGAAGCCAUCAAGGCAUUACGUCUGAUUGAUUCCCUCGAAUUGUCAAUGCGAAAACAACGCGAAAUCGCAGAAAUGAGUGAACGGCAGACAAAAGAAUACGAAGAGAUGGCAGAAAGAGUGGAUAGAGAGAUAGCAAUAAGUCGUGAAAAAAUGGCUCAGGCAAAGAAGGAGCUCACAGCAGCACGUCUUGUUCGUAAAAAUCGUAAGGAAUAUGCUUUGCUAGUUGGAAUGAUAGACGAUCUUCCGUCUCGUGCUGAAACGACCAGGAAGCUAGAAGAUAUGCAAGAAGAGCUUAGUCAGCAGCAAGAGCGACAGCAACAGUUAGAAGCUAGGUUAUCGGAACGUCGAAAUCAUCUUCACGCGCUCAAUAUAAUUCUCGCUAAUUUCCAGAAGUUGCUCGCAGAUGAGGAUAAUGAGCUAUCAUCCAAUGAAGCGGGAGCUGAGCCUGGAGAAAGAAAAGACGAUGAUAAGGAUGAAUCAAGAUCUCAAAGAGAAAAGUCCAGCGAUACGGUCGAUACGGGAGAGUGA